ACGCUCGAGGAUCCUCCCUUCCUCGUCGUUGGUGUACGCGACCCCCAACUGGACACAGAAAACCCGAAGGUAUCCAGUUCUACCACAGUCGAGAGAUUACCAGUGGGAAGUGUUGGUAGUGCUUGUUUACUCGUUUCUCCCUUUGGCUUUGACUGCUAUUAAAAAUGGCAUCCGGAGUUACUGUAGCUGACAUCUGCAAGACAACAUAUGAUGAAAUUAAGAAGGACAAGAAACAUCGGUACGUCAUCUUUUACAUCAAGGACGAGAAGCAGAUUGAUGUAGAGGUAAUUGGACCCCGCGAUGCCGUUUACGAAAAUUUCCUCGAGGAUCUGCAGAAGGGGGGUACUGGCGAAUGCCGUUAUGGACUUUUUGAUUUCGAGUACACUCAUCAAUGUCAAGGCACCUCCGAGGCUUCCAAGAAACAGAAAUUGUUCCUGAUGUCGUGGUGUCCCGACACAGCAAAAGUCAAGAAGAAGAUGUUGUACUCAAGCUCAUUCGACGCGCUCAAGAAGUCCCUCGUCGGUGUACAGAAGUACAUACAGGCGACGGAUCUCUCGGAGGCCUCUGAGGAGGCUGUCGAGGAGAAACUCCGUGCCACCGACAGGAAUUAAAAAUAUUCCGGGAACAUCCUCCCCUCAAAAGCUACUACUACAAGAAAAAAAAACGACAAAAGAAGAAAAAAAUGAGUAAAAAAAUAAAAAAAAAAUGAAAGCGUGGAUUCGAACGGGUACAUCUCCCUUCCCUGAGCAGACCGAAAAUGCUCGUGACACAUCGCGUUCGGAGGUUCAUCUUUUUACACAAUUUUUCACUUAAAGUAAUGAAUUUAAAGAAACAAAAAAACUGAUUAUUAGAUAUUUCGCGCUGAACGUAUUAUUAGUCAUGAUGAUGUCGAAGGAGGCCAACAGUGAUCGAGGGCUUUUUCACAUUUAACAUGAAAAACAAAGCGAGGUUGAUUGAUGACAGCAGAACAUUCAAUGAAAUAAAGAUACAAUUGCAAUGAA